UGUGUGUGCCCGUGGAGUGGGAGCUCUCAAAGCAGAGCGGAGUCACAGAGCUGGGCUACCUUCAUCCCAGGAAACUGGCCAAGGAAAGGGGAGGAUUCGCCCGAGCUUUCCCAUAUUCUUCAUCAUGUCUUCUCCUAGGAACAUCAAGGAGGAUUUCAGCUCCGAUGAAGAAGGCUCCAUUCGUCCCGUGCAUUCCCCAUCUGACGCCGAGCACAAGCUCAAGAUUUCUAGCCUGCCUUUCAGCGUGGAAGCGCUCAUGGCUGAUAAGAGGGUGCCUAAGGAGGUGUCACAUCUACGUGGCUUGGAGACUUCUGGGGCCAACAGCACCCCAAGACACCUAGCUUUGGGGGUCGGGAGCAGAGAGAGCCCCAGUCCCCCCGGGCUGACCAAAAACGUGGAGACUUCUUCUGUGAAAUCGGAGAACUCUGAAGAUGGAACAGGCUGGGCUAAGGAAGGAGGCAGAUAUUCCCCUCCACCAAGACAUUUGAGUCCAUCUACCUGCACCCUGAGGAAACACAAGACCAACCGCAAGCCCAGAACUCCCUUCACCACGUCGCAGUUGUUGGCCUUGGAGCGCAAAUUCCGCCAGAAGCAAUACCUCUCCAUAGCAGAACGGGCUGAGUUCUCCAGCUCCCUCAACCUCACAGAGACCCAGGUCAAAAUCUGGUUCCAGAACCGCAGAGCCAAAGCCAAAAGACUGCAGGAGGCUGAACUGGAAAAGCUGAAAAUGGCAGCAAAGCCCAUGCUCUCCCAUGGCUUCAGUUUACCCUUCCCUAUCAAUUCCCCCAUUCCAGGUGCUUCAUUGUAUGGAUCCGCCUACCAGUUCCAUAGGCCGGUCCUUCCCAUCCCACCUGUAGGACUCUAUGCUACUCCUGUUGGCUACAGCAUGUAUCACUUGUCUUGAGGCAGCUGCUGAAUGCACUGGUCGCAUGGACUACUUGAUGGGGCUUCUGUUAGCCCCCAACUGCACCAAAGACCCGAGACAGUGCUGGUGGCUCUGUGGAUUUAUCCUCUUCCAUAGACUCUAAACCACAUGUGCCUUGCAGCCUGAGAGGGCAGAAAGCUGGAUACUGAGAGACACUUUAUAGGCACAAGAUGGAACACUGUGCUCUCAUUUUUACUCCUGUCGGCAAAAUCAUCUUCUAAGUUGGUUGUAUAGAUUCCACAAUCAUAUCUUCAUGAAAUACUGGAAGAAUGACGGUGUAAAAAUGUAGAUAAAGAGAAGAGGGGGAGAGAAUUUACCAAAGAGUGGGCUUUUCAAAGCCUGUUAGUAGAUAGUUGCAGAAUCUGCAAUGUUAGUGUGUCUGAAAAGUCACCAAAGCUGGAGCAAAGACAUGAGGAGCAAAAAUAAAGCAGUUAUCCAUAGCAACCAGUCAGUUAUCAUGUGUCUCUCUCUGGGAAAA